AUGGCUAGCCACGUUAUUGGAAACAGAAACAGUACACCAGAAGCAUCAAAAUCUUCGCUUCGACCCCCAUCUUCCCGCGCCCUUGGUGGUGGCUCUCAUCAGCUGCGUGCGUCCGCCGACAUGUCUUCUUUUGCCUCUCCUCUUUCUACCCGAAGCAUUCGGCCCUCCUCCGAAGUCUUCUAUAACCAACAAUCGCAACCUCAGAAUACUGAUGACAUCGACAAGGCUGCUCAGCAGUGGAUUGCAGAUAUUGAUCAGUAUGAGACAACUCUGGAGGAGAUGGCAGCUGCCACCUUGGAUCAAGAUUUCAAAGAUGAGCUAAGUGCUAUUGAGCAGUGGUUUCGAGUUCUUAGUGAGGCUGAGAGAACCGCUGCUCUUUAUGCUCUUCUUCAACAAACGACUCAAGUACAGAUCCGCUUUUUUAUCCAGGUUCUUCAGCAAAUGUCAAAGAGCCAUCCAAUGUCUAGUGUUCUCUCUCCCGCCAAUUUCGGCGAAAAAGAUCCCAUGAACAGCCGUCUCACUGAUGCAAUGUCCAAAUUGAACGUUGAAGGUUCUCGCAAUUCUUUUGGUCGCCCGCCUCUUUCUCCUGGGAACAAACGUAACUCAGGGCUAGAUUCAUCCACAAUCAACGCCAUGUUCCCAGAUGCUGCUGCAGCUAUUGCGAAACAGAGGGCUGAGUUUACCCAACAGACUGGUGCUGCUCCUACUGCAACUCGAAAUAGUGCUGCGUUCGGGGAACGCUCUUCCUUGAAUGCACCAACAAUCUCGGCUCCAGAUAGUGCUAUGAAGCUGGCUGCCUUGUCCACCGUAAAUAACCGGAUUGCAUUGGACGAUGCACGGAAGUAUCGCCGUGCUCGGUCUAAUGAUGGACAGGGAAAAAACUUGAACAUUAACCAACAACCGCUCUCCCCUGGAAUUCCUAAAAACAACCUUCCGGCAACGAAUUUGAUCAUGGUUAAUGAUGUUGGCCAAAUAUUGAAUGCCCAGCAAAUUGCUGCUUUGCAAGCCCAGCAACAGGCUGCCAUGAGUGGUCGCCGAUCUCGCCCCAAUUCCCCAGGAAUUGCGAUGCAGGGAGGCGGCAUGGGGCACAUGAAUUUCGCCUCCCCCCAGAACAACGGAUUUCUGGCUGCGUACGAUACGAAUGCGUUGUUAAAUAAUGGGUUUGGUGGGCUCAAUGUGGCCCAAUUUAGUGGUAAUCACGAGGGUUAUCUCUCUGACCAUUCCGAGAUUGCACGCGGCCGGUCUCCACGUGGAAGACGAGGCAGCUCAAAGCCGCCAGAGGAUCCAACUGAUCCUCAUCUCCUUCAGGAUAUUCCCAGCUGGCUCAGGUCCCUUCGACUUCACAAGUAUACAGAAAACCUCAAAGAUCUCAAGUGGACCGAGUUGAUCGAAUUAAAUGAUAAAGGACUAGAGGAACGUGGAGUUAAUGCUCUUGGGGCGAGAAACAAAAUGCUUAAGGUAUUCGAACAAGUCAAAGAAGCAAGGGCAGAGGGCAAACUCAAUGCUGCUCUUUGA